AUUAGUGUUUUUCAAACAGUCGCAGGAUUAACAUAUAUACUCAAGCCACAUUUCACUUAUAUUCGUACAGUGUCAAGGAAGAAUAUUACAAGUUUUAUUUACAAAACAUUAUUUUAUAAUUAACAUUAUAAAAUAUCAUUUUUUGUACGUCAAUUAUACCGCUUUAAGAGUGAUGUCGAAUCCUGGAUUAUCCACAAUACGAGACGCAAUCGUAAAUUAUAAUAAUUUUUUCAAUCCGCACGUCUGUCAUGUUUGCAAAAUUUCAGAGAAUCUGCAAGUAUGUCAGUGGUGCCGUUUGAUCUCUUACUGCUGCAAAGAGCACUUGCAAUUGCAUCGAGAGCAACACAAAGAGUUUUGUCUGGCUGUAAUAAGCCUGAGUGACAAAGUAUAUUACUCCUAUAAUAUGACACUUAAGGAGUGGACUGAAUUCAAGAAAGCUAAUGUGAAAAGAGUCAAGAAUAAGCUUGGUCGCGAUCUAGAGUCAUAUGAAGAGCAAAUAUUGCUAUUUGCAAAGUCGUGUCUCAUAUGCCGUCGCCAGCAUGACCUGAGUGUCGUUUGCAAGUCAUGCAUGUCGGUUAGCAUGUGUUCUACGCACAAAUCGUCUGCUUAUGUGCACAACUGCAAGGACCUACAGCUUUGUACAAGACUGGAUAUCGACAGUGCCGUAACAAAUGAACAGAAUGUACCAAUCCCGGCAAAGCUUCUAACUUAUAAAUAUUUGAAAACAUAUUUUCUACAUCGUUUAGGACGUACUAGUGAUUUUGAUACUUGGCACAAUGUUAAUUUUUUAUAUACCAAUUACUUGUCAAGACCUAUGACGUUGUUAUCUAACAUGACGAGAGCAGGUAUAGACGAACUGACAUCUUCUGCAAUCUUUACAAUUCACGUUAUAGCCGGAAGCUUCACGGAUCAAAAUAGUCUAAUGGCUUGGGAACUCCUUUUACAUGAAAUGGUUCCUGAGUGUUCAUUAAUUAUUGACAUGAUAGAGACAAAAAUAGGAAAUGGUUAUUAUGAUGUACCGGUUUGUCAAACUUGCCAUACCCAAAAAAAAGAAAUUUUUAUUGAUUAUUUCCCUAUGACAUACAUACAAUAUACAUACACUAAGGAAUAUUCAGAACCAGAUAUAUUUAUGGGAUUUGACAUAGAUUUUGAGGAUGAUAAAAAGGCUAUCCGAGCAGCAUUAAUGUAUGAGCACAUACCGUUAGUUUUGACCUGCAAAUCAGAAAGUAGGGCACAACAAAUCGUUACGGAAGUAAAGACAACUUUGAGCAAAGAGCCUGUCAUUAAUGAGAAGAAUAAAUUCGCAUCUUGUAGACCAUAUAGAGAUGAUGAGAGUGAUUCUGUGUUCUUUCAACACCAGUAUGUAAUUAUCUAUAACGAAGAAGCUUACGAAAUGAAAAAUUUAGAUACUUCUAGCAAUCACAACCAACCCAGUACCAGUACCAGCAGCAAUUUAUUUCAAGAAUAAUUGUAUCGCCAUACUGGUUAUAUCAUUAUAAACCUUAUACAAGGGAAGUCCACAUCGACAAUGCUGUAUCAAACGAAACGCAAAUAAAUCUGUCAAUAUGUAAUGCAGCUGAGUGAAUCCUGGAACACGUAAUGUUUUUGUGAUAUAAUGCGAAAUGAGUUAACUUCAAAGAAGAGAAGGUCAAAUUUAUACAUUACAAGUUAAUUAUGAGCUCUAUGUUUCGUGACCGAGAAGUGUACGAAAUCAAGUAUCUUUAUUUGCAAAAUGUGUAUUAUUUGUCGUUAACAGGAUCACCUGACUGCACGACUCCGGCAUCGGAAACCUCUCUAUUACGACAAUUCUAAUAAAGAUAAUUUAGUAAUAUAGUAAAUUAUAAAUAGAUACAGAGAUAAGAUGCUAUAUAUGUAUAUACAUAAUAUUUGUUGUAUAUAAUUGAAAAAUUAUAUACAACUAUAUAUAAUACAAAUAUAUGUAUCAUACAUAAUUGUAAAACUUCCAGAUACGCGCUAGAACAUUGGUGAAUAUUUUAUUAGUACCAUCGACAGUCGCCGAGUCAUCUGUACUGAAUGCCAAUUGUCCACUGAGUACAAAUUGUCAUACUUAUGAAUAUAAACACAGAUGUUUCGAGCGUUUGUCUCUUUUGCUCUCCGUUCUACAGUAAUAUUACAAAAUAUCUCCCGCUUUUAUUAAAUUAUGCGGACAUGCUUUAGAUAUUAUGUCGACAUUUGAACUGUUUACUGUGCAAUUUUUGUCUUUACAUAAUAAAUUUUUCUAUUCUAACGUUUACCACGUAUGCAAAUCUAUACAAGAUUUCAUGAAGUACUUUCGAUGUAGUAUAAUUUCAUAUUACAGCAAGGAGCACAGAUUAAUGCAUUGAUACACCCACAAUGUUUCCACAUAUGAAAGCAUCGAAACAUUCCUGAGAAUCUUCUGAGUAAAAGUAGUUUUGUAAAACCUAAAUAAAAAUUAUUGAAUCUGA